AUGGUUUUUGAGGAAAUUUUGGAAGCAAUCGUUGAGAAGAUUGCAUCUAACUCAAAGUUCUCUAAAGAGCAGAUUCGACAGUCAUUGAGUGUGUACAGGGACAGCAACUCUGACUUCCUCUUGUUUUUGAACAAAGUUUCUUCCUCACCUGUGGUCGAUGCUGAAAAUCUUUACAAUACCCUGCUUGAGAAGAAAAUACCAGAAAUUGAAAACUUAGCCUGCCAUGACACCCAUUUAAGCUUCAACCUGAACAAAAAGAUGUUUUUCAAGGACAUACUUUGCUCAAUGCAUUCCCGGGAUAUUGAUUUUGGAAAAAGUAAUGUUGGGAAAAGAGAUACUGUUGUAGUCGAUUUUAGUAGUCCGAAUAUUGCAAAAUUAUUUCACGUGGGGCAUUAUAGAACAACAGUUUUGGGCAACUUUAUUAAAAACCUAAUGAAAAAUGCAGGAUACAACGUAGUGUCUCUUAAUUAUCUUGGGGAUUGGGGUAAGCAGUUUGGGCUUGUCCUGCUUGGAUUCGAGAUGUUCGGUAGUGAAGAUGAGCUGGAAAAGAAUGCGCUGAUGCAUUUGUUUGAGGUGUAUGUUAAGAUCAACAAAGAGGCUGCUAACGAUCCUGCCAUUCAUGAUAAUGCUCGCAAUAUAUUUCGGGAAAUGGAAGAGUUCAAAAAUGAAAAAUACAUGUCGUUGUGGAGAAAAUUCCGAGAAAUGUCGAUUAAUAAUUUUAAAAGGCUUUAUAAGCAGCUUAAUAUUGAGUUUGACGUCUAUUCUGGCGAAAGUUUUUAUUAUGAAUCAGCCAAAGAAUUUGCCAGCUCCACUUCGAUAGCUACGACGGAAGAAGAUGGAUCAAAGGUGAUCGAUUGUGCAGAGUACGGAAAUGCACUAAUUCAAAAGUCUGAUGGCACAACACUUUACCUAACAAGAGACAUCUGCUCAGCCAUUGACAGGAUAACUACGUACAACGCCAAAAAGCUUGUCUAUGUAGUUUCCUGCGAGCAGGAUUUACACUUUAAGCAGCUGUUUUCCUGUUUAGAAAAGCUGGGAUAUGAUCGAAGCAUGUUUGAGCAUGUGAACUACGGAAGUGUUAAGGGCAUGUCUACGAGAGGGGGAACAGUCCAUUUUCUUGAAGACAUUAUCCAAACCUCGUCUGAGGCCAUCAAGGCCCGACUGCUAGUAAAUGAAGACAUGAAUAGUGAAGACAUUGAAAAAACAGCAAAAAUAUUGGCCAUUUCAACACUUUUAGUUGCCGAUUUUAGUGCCAAACGAAUCAAAGGAUAUGCGUUUGAUUUUGAGAAACGUGCUAAUUGUGAGAAGGGUUCUGGUGCGUAUCUUCAAUAUGCUCACUGCAGAUUACACAGCAUUGAGAAGAAUAACAGCAGCUCAAUGGCAGAUGAUCUCUCCAGCAUUGAUUUUUCUGUGAUUGAUGUGCCUGAAAUUCAUGAUCUCUGCUAUCGUCUUCUUUGGUAUGAACGAAUUCUUAAUCUCUGCCUUGAAGACUAUGAGCCGUCAAGGCUUGUGCUGUAUUUGAUGGAUCUUGCCAAGACCAUAAAUAAUCUGAUUACAAAGUUCAGGGUAUUGGGAGAAAGUGAGCAUAUAGCCAAAGCUAGACUGCUGAUGUUUUCUGCCUGUCGAACUGUUAUCAGGAAUGGACUAUUGGUUUUGGGCAUCACACCUUUGAACAAGAUGUGA